GGACAAACGCGCACACGGCGCCGCUCGCUCCUGUUCUGAGGGACCAGAGAAUAGGUGGGCUUCCGCUCCGCUCUCAGUUGGUCCCGGCUUCGACACGGACGCGUUCAAUCCCAUCAAUUCAAUCGCUGGAAGCACCCAUGCUGAGACUACGGUGGGGCAGACGGCAGCGGAAGCGGUACAAGAUCGAAGAAAACGAGGGCAUGGGUGGCCAAAACUCGCGCACAUGGUCGGUAGGGUAAGGCCUCUCUUUCCGUCCUCGGACUCGUGCACGCAUGUCACAUGCAUCCUAGAAAACCUGUAAGCUGGAUUGGAAACCGCGGCUAUCUCCUGUUUCCAGAUUCAUAAAUGGCAGAAUCCUAGCAGAAGAGAAAAGAAAAAGACGGCAUUAACUGGGUGUUGGCCUGUUUACAGAUUCCGCCUUUGCUAACUAGUUUGUCGGUUUAUCUGUUAUUUUCUCUUAUUCCCUUUGAGAGGGGUUCUGCUUCUGUGGUGGAAAUCGGUGGCCUUUUUCCCCUCGUUUGCGAAAAAAUUGGAUCUUGCAUCUGCCCUUUUCCUUCUCCGACAUGGAAGUAGAAGGGCUACCCUUUUUACUAUGCAAAAGUGGCGGGGGGAAGGGCGAAGGGCUGUUUGGAGUGAUCAUAUUGGGGAUUUGCUCCAAGCAGUUGCAAAAGAAGAACGAGUCCUUUAUGAUCAGAAACUCCAUUAUUUGCGUCCAUUAUUUGCGCUCAAUCAUUUUCCUUUAUUCACUAGUUGGAUUCAAGGCGCAAAUUUGAAGGAUGAAAAUGAUUAAGGGAAGAGGAUUUAGCCUAAAGGUUGCUUCUUUCUUGAAGUCAUUUGCAGUUUCUUGGAGGACCCGUAGAAUGACAAAUCUGGUCCCCGACCCCUGGACCUGCUGUGUCAGAAACUCAUGUGUUCUAUUGAUUCAGCUGGGGAGGGAAAGUAGAAAAGGUGUUCCUGACUCAUUACCAUGUUGAUUUACCGUAUUAUCUGGUCUCUUAUUUUGUAGCAGUAAAAGAUAUCCAGUUUUUCCUUCUUCUGGAUUCUCUGAGAAGCUUGUUUUCAGAUUGAUCUGGUGCUCAAAGCCUCUAACUAAUCGGAAAACUGGAAGGUUUGUAGCUUAUGUGUUUGAGUUUUUGUUAGAAUGAAAAAGCUUCUGUACAAGAAUAUGAAAGAGACUAUUGUUGUUCAUUUCCUAUAGGAGAUCAGGUCAUCUUCUCCCAAAGGCUGGCAUGUGGUAAAACAGUAUAAGAUGGUAUUCUGUUGAAUAAGAUAACUAUGUAAACUUUGAAGGAAAAAUUGGAUGGAGAGAGAGAGAGAGAGAGAGACUUGGUAUCUGUAUAGGACAAAAACAUGGAAGAAAUAUGAUUUUAAUGGAGGGGCCGCUUGAAUUUGAGUUAUUGUUUUGGAAGCAAAAUUGAACUUGUUGUCCUGAUUUGUCAAUCAACCAUCUGGUGGGACAAGCCUUCAUGAUAUACAUGUCAAAAUUGAUUGCCUCACCGUCAUGGGAAUAUCUUCCUGUAUCUUGUGAGAUUCAUCUCCUGUUCAGAUGGUAGACAAUGGAAGUGAAAGAGAUGACCACCUGCAUAAAUGGUUGAGCGUUUCCUCGAGAGGAGUUGAAUCUAGCCUGAAUUAGGGGGGUUAGGGCUCAGUGUAGGAAGUUGAUGUGUAUCAGUGUUGCAAGCACAAAAGGAGAUUUUCUCUACUGUAUGUUUGCUGAGAUGAUGGCUUCCUGAUUCCAAGAGGAGAAACAUCUUUUGUAGAACUCAUUGUGUUUGCAUUGACAAGCUGUGGUUUUAAAGCACAGUACAAGUUGGACCAGUUCCUAUAAUUUUCUAGAUUCACCAUGGAUUGGACCUCAAAGAUGCCCUUCUCAUUUGAUUGGGAGACCUUGGCACUACUCAACGGAGAAGAAACUGAAAUUUCUAAAUCUGCACAGGAACUUAAAUCAAAGAUCGGAAGCGGCAUAGGAAUGGGCACUGGGUCUCUGCAAUUUUCUGGUGGGGAUAUGUGUUCUAGCUCUAAAGUGGGUUCCUGUUCAUUCAAAAGCUCCAUUUCAGCAUCUGAUUCUACAUCAAAUGCAAUGAGGAAAAUACCGGAGCUGAACUUUGAAUCAGUUGGAGGAUUUCUUGUCAACCAGAACAAGAACAAAGAUUUAGCUAGGGUGGACAUUUCUGAAACUUCACCUGCUGUAGUGUCUGCAGAAGGCACUAAGGAGCCUGUGAUUACUCUAAAGCUUGGAAAAAGAACAUAUUUUGAAGAUCCUUGCUUGAGGAAUAACAUGAAGAGCUCAUAUUUUCCAGCUUCUAAUCCCUUGUCAACUACUUCGGUUAAGAAAUCAAGGGUAUAUCAGCAGAACUUGCUGAGAGCUUACUGCCAGGUGGAAGGUUGUAACAUCGACCUCUCCACAUCUAAAGAUUAUCAUCGAAAGCAUAAAGUUUGUGAAAGCCAUUCCAAGUCACCCAAGGUCGUUGUUGCUGGUCAGGAUCGCAGGUUUUGCCAACAGUGUAGCAGGUUCCAUGAUUUGUCUGAAUUUGAUCAGAAAAAGCGAAGCUGUCGUAGACGGUUAUCUGAUCAUAAUGCACGUCGACGGAAGCCACAGCUAGAGACAAUCUCAUUCAGUUCUUCAAAGCUUUCAGUAUCAUACUAUGAUGACAAACAGCAGGCAAAUCUUGUUUUUGGUCAAUCUCCUUUCCGUCAGAUGACAAGCAUUGCAAGCUCAAUAUGGGAUGGCUCAGGCAGCUUGAAGCUAACACAAAGUGAAGGAUCUUGGAGAAAGUCGAGCGAAACAGGAAGUACUAAUGGGCAGUUGCUUUUUCCUAGCAAUACCAACUUAAAUAAUGCUUACACUGGCCAUGAUAUGGACAGUCUCCUGGCACUAAAUGGCACCACUGCUGAGAUCCUCAAUCAAGGUCUUGAAGCGACUGCUACUUUUCAAUCGGAUGGAGCACCGGAUCUUUGGCGUGCUCUCUCUCUUCUGUCAACCAACAAAUCUUGCAGUCCACCAAUCACAGGGUAUGCGAACGAUGCUCGUCCUGAGCAGCCCUUAUUGCAAGUGCUUCCAUUUGAGUCGAGGAGCGACAGUGGCCAUCAGCUCCAGGAAUCUCUCCUGUUCAAGCCGUUCUUUGGGACAGUGUUCGUUGACACCAGUCAUCUAAGCUAGCAUCAUCAGUUUCAGGAUUGCCAUGUUGGAGAAUAAACAAAGUCUGAUAAGUCCUCACAUCAUUUUACAUCUUGAGUUUCCCUCUUAUGCCAAAUUGCUAAGCUUGGCAUCUGAUUGCAUUCAGAGCACCAACGUCCUCCUCCUCUAAGGAAAACUUGUUCAUGCUUAUAAUACAACCAAGGAAGGAACAUUCAGCAUGUAUGAGUGAAUGCCAAUACAGAUUCAUGCUUUUACUCAGAUUAAG